ACAAUAAACAGCCGCGCGCGGGGCGAUGCCCGCGCCGGUGCCGCCGCCCCCGCGCCGCACAGACCAGGCCACCAGGCCUUAGCCCGCCGGCCGCCGGAGCUCCCGCGCGCCUCCGCGCCCCCGCCCGGCCUCGCGGACGCACAGACCUCGGCGGGGAAAUGGAGAUCCUGGCGGCAGAGACCACAUCCCAGCAGGAGAGGCUCCAGGCCAUCGCAGAGAAGCGGAGGCGGCAGGCAGAGGUGGAGAACAGGCGCCGGCAGCUGGAGGACGACCGGAGGCAGCUGCAGCACCUGAAGUCUAAAGCGCUGCGGGAACGCUGGCUGCUGGAGGGGACGCCGUCCUCUUCCUCGGAGGGGGACGAGGACAUGAGGAAGCAGAUGCAGGAGGAUGAGCAGAAGGCUAGGCUCCUGGAGGAAUCCAUCGCCAGCCUGGAGAAGGAGAUCGAGGAGCUGGAGAACGCGGACACCCUGCCGGCCCCAGUCAAGGAGACCCAGGUGGCCCCCAGCCCUGGCCCUGUGGUCCCCGCCCCUUGCCCUGCCCAGGAGGACCGGAAGGCAGAAGUGGAUCUGAAUGCUCAGCAGACCCCCGUGGGCACGCCCAAAGCAGAAAAGCGAAUCUCCAACACCCCCAUGAGGAUGGUCGAAGGCUCCACCAUGAUGAAGGCAGCCAUGUACUCGGUGGAGAUCACAGUGGAGAAGGACAAGGUGACAGGGGAGACCCGGGUGCUGUCCAGCGCCACCGUGCUCCCCCGGGAGCAUCCCCCCCAGGGCAUCAAGGUCUACGAGGACGAGACCAAAGUGGUCCAUGCAGUGGAUGGCACUGCUGAGAAUGGAAUUCACCCGCUGAGCUCCUCUGAGGUGGACGAACUCAUCCACAAGGCAGACGAGGUCACGCUGAGCGAGGCGGGGUCGGCGGCUGCACCGGAGACCCGGGGACCGUCGGAGGAGGUGGUCCGGACCACGCCCUCCAGGCGGGAGAUCACAGGUGUUCAGGCCCAGCCGGGUGAGGCCACUUCCGGCCCGCCGGGCAUCCAGCCUGGACAGGAGCCCCCAGUCACCAUGAUCUUCAUGGGCUACCAGAACGUGGAGGAUGAGGCGGAGACCCAGAAGGUACUGGGCUUGCAGGACACGAUCACCGCGGAGCUGGUGGUCAUUGAGGACGCUGCUGAGCCCAAGGAGCCCGCCCCACCCAAUGGCAGUGCGGCCGAGCCCCUGGCCACCGAGGGCUCCAGGGAGGAGAACCAGGUGGGGCCUGAGGCCCCUGCCAGCGAUCCCCAGGACCUGGACAUGAAGAAGCAGCGCUGUAAAUGCUGUUCCAUAAUGUGAGCUGCCCGGCCCCCUGACCCCGGCCCUGCCCUCCGUACCAGACACCCACAGCCCGCCUUCCCGGCGCCUGCCCACCCUCCACCCACAGUCACGGGCCCAGGACAUGCUGUGUUGUCACACGUUCCUCCUGAGUUUUCUUUCACUGGAAAGAGAGGGACAGGGGUUCCCCAUCCCAUCACCCCCCCACACACCCCCAAGCCACUGAGCCGUGCACCCACGCCUGGUAGGAGAGACACGGACACACCCGCUUCUCCCCAAACGAGGGCCCUCCCCAUGUCACCGUGUCACGGCAGCUUCACAGAUGCGGCUCUCGCCCAUGGCGGUCCUGGCUGGUGUGACCUGGGGCCUCGUCGCAGCCCCCAACCAGCCCACCACCCUCUGGGCCUCCUGCCUGUGCCUUCCUGCCACCUCCAAUGAGGUCCCUGAGGGGUCCCCCGCCGGAGGGGAUCCUGGGAGCCAGGGGUUCUGGGGGCGUAGCCCCGGAGGUGGGGUCCUUGGCCGAGGUCCCCGGUCUUUAUCUCAGGCAGCAGAGCAGAGGCUUGCCUCCAGGGGCGGGGCUCAAGGUCUUGGAAUGCAGUCGGAACCCCCCUCGGCCCCGCCCCCCCCCCCCCCGCCCCGCCUGAUGGGCCCCUCUCUCCACGCCCUCUCUGAGCGCAGGCGGUGGAUGAUGGAGCCUGGAGACGCGCCCCCAACGCGGGAGGGUUGUGACACCCCCCCCACCCCUACCCCCCCGGGCUGGGCCGGGAGUCUUGAGCCUCCUGCACGAGGCUGGGCCAUGUGAGCCCCUGUUCCUGAGCUCCCAAUCCCACUGGGCCCUCCUUCCUCCUGGUGCUAAUUCAGGGACCCUGGGGGAGCGCCAUGGCCCCCUUCCCCAGCCUGCUUGAACCGGGGUCCUGGGUCCUGCCAACCCUACCCCAGAGACGAGGCCCACCGCCAGCUCUGCUGGGCUUGGCGAGUUCCAGGUGGUGGAGAGGGUCACCUGGCCCGGGGCGGGGAGUUUCCCCGGGUGGCAGCCGGAGACCCCCAUUGGCUGCGCAGCCUGAUGUGUGCCUGCCCCCCAUCACUGGAAGGGGCGAGGGCACCCCUCCCAGGGGCGGCUGACACCCGGAUGUGCACGUCUCCGUGGCUGCAGCCACACCCAAGAGGCCCGUUGGCGCACGCAAGCGUUCGCAGACCCUCUCCCGCGUGGGCCGUGAUGAGCAGGCCCCACCCUCGGAGCCUGUAGUGCCCAGAACCCAGGCCACGCCCGCCUUCCUAGGGUGGGUGCGGGGGCCCGCCCUGGACCGCAGCCUGGGUCCCCGUCUCAGCCCCGCCCCUGGGCGGCUGGGGGAGAGGCCUCUCGGAAGUGCCCCUGCGCGGUGGCCGUGGCCCCCCCCUAGUCCGCCCCCGUCCUCGAGCUGUGAGCCUCCGCUGAAGUGCCCUUGCCGCCCCUAUGCUUUCGAUGUGUGACGAGGCCCCGUGUUCCCGACUUUCCCAGAGAAGCGAAUAAACAGUGUGAACAGCC